AUCGACGUAUUCGGUAUCACUUUUCCAAAAAAAUACAAGAAACAGCUGAUUGUUCAAAACAAGUCAAAGAAAUUCAAAAACUCAAACUCGAAUUUCGAUUUUAAGAGGCAAAUUCACAUCUCCAAUCCGCUACAAUGCACCGAUCGCACCCGAGUAUAAGUCGCCGCAAGCACCUGAUGAAGGAAAUGAUGGAGGACGACUACGCACUGCCCACGGAAAACCAGCAGAUCGCAAAAGUGGUCAGCAGCCGGGGAAACAAUCUCCACGAGGUGGAAAGCGCGAAGACCGAAGAGAACUUCCUCGUUUCAAUGCCCAACAAAUUCCGCAAGAGCAUGUGGGUGAAAAGAGGCGACUUCCUGCUGAUCGAACCUAUUGAGGAGGGCGACAAAGUUAAGGCCGAGAUCUGCAAGAUCCUCACCCCUGAACACAUAAAGGAGUUCACCAAGGCCGGGAUUUGGCCGGACAAAUUCGCCAGGAAACCCGUGCAGGAGGAGUCAUCACACCGAAACCUGGAGGAUUCCGAUCCCGAAGAUGACCUCCCGCCCAACACAAAUCGUCCUGUGCACCGGGGAUCCUCAGAAGAAGAAGAAGACGAGGAAACCUCCAGCGACGAAGACUGAAUUUCCUCAUUAAAUGUAGAAAAUAAAUACAAAAUAAUAUCUA